UUAAUGGUUAUGUUUGUGUUUGUUUAAGGAGUACGCGUGGUGCUGAUUUGAAUGGUGCAUGUGCGUGUGUGAGCGAGUUUAUGACAAUAUUAUCGUCUCAUAAUUUUGUAAGUGGUGUUGAUUUCGUGGAAUGAUUCGGUAAAUUUUUGUAGACGUGAACCAAUACGUGUUGGCAUUAACUAUUGACGCGGAUGUGAGUGUAGUGAAAUAACAAUGUCUUUCCGUGGAAGAGGCGGCGGUGGCGGUUAUGGACGUGGUGGCGGCGGAGGUGGCUUCCGAGGAAGCAGAGGUGGAGGUUUUCGAGGUGGUGCCAGUGGUGGAAAUUUUGGUGGUAGACAGGGCUUCCAUGAUCAAGGCCCCCCUGAGCAGGUUAUUCCACUUGGGGACUUUGCCCACUCUUGCCAAGAUGACAUAGUUUGCAAAUCAGAGAUUGAAGAUGUACCAUAUUUUAAUGCACCAAUAUAUUUGGAGAACAAGGAGCAAAUUGGUAAAAUAGAUGAAAUAUUUGGCAGUAUUCGUGAUUAUUAUGUAUCCAUAAAAGUUACAGAAGGGAUUAAUGCUCACUCUUUCAAGAAAGGUCAUAAGUUCUACAUUGACCCGGCAAAGCUGCUUCCUUUGCGAAGAUUCCUGCCACAACCUCCAGGUGCUCCUAAUCCUAGGGGUGGUAGAGGUGGCAGCAGAGGAGGCCGAGGUGGAAGAGGAAGUGGACGCGGUGGUUUUGGAAGUCGUGGUGGUUUUGGAGGACGUGGUGGAGGUCGUGGGGGUGGAGGUGGUGGACGUGGAGGGGGUGGUUGGGGUGGAGGUGGUGGACGUGGAGGGGGUGGUUGGGGUGGAGGUGGUGGACGUGGAGGGGGUGGUUGGGGUGGUGGUGGUGGACGUGGCGGUGGCGGUCGUGGGGGAGGUGGUUGGGGUCGCUAAGAUUCUGUGUUUUUGACAAAGGAAAACACCCUUUUACAAAUGUGAUUAACUGGAGACCAUAAAGAAUUCUCAUAUAGAAUGGACUUAUAAAUCAUCUUUCCAUUGACCAUCAAAAUGUAGACUUUACUGACCUAUAUCUUCAAAAAAAGAAAAGGUAAUCAGUUGUGGAACUGAAGAUAUUCUACAAUGAAACGCUGCUUAUUGUGAAAACUGAUAAUUAAAUAUUUUAAUUACA